GAUGGCUCUCGCUUGGGGAUUUACGGGCUAUGAGUUGAUCGUAAGGAUGCUUUUCCCAGCGCCAGACUCCAGUCCCAGUUUCUUCGUUGCCAGAUCUCCUUUUCUCCUAUUUUAUUUUCUAUUCCCCAAGAUCUAUGCUCCGUCUGCGUGUAUCUGUUAUUUCUGGCUGUGCCUGCUAUCUGUUGUUGGCUUGAUUAUGCCCUGUUUUGGUGUGGCUCGUUGCAUGCUAGGGAUACAGAUCUGUUAGUCGAAUUAGUUGUGUUUGGGGUUAGUUACUUAGGUUGGGCCGGGGAAGGUUGAUUUCCAAUGGGUAAUCGUCCUGGUUUCAACAAGUGGUGUUGAGCAGCAUCUAAGUUAUUGUGGCGGUAGAACCAACUGAACUAAGAUUUACUUUGUGAAGAUUGGAAUAGAAAGGAGAGAAAAAAAUGGGUUUUUGGCUGAGUUACAUGGAUUGGGGAUGUUCAAGCUUCUCCACGUUCUUGCUAUGGAAUGCCUUGAUGUUAAUAAUAUAUGCGGCUUUUCGUUGCUGCCAUGAGUAGGCAUUUGUGCCCUAUGGGAUGUUGUGCAGCCAUACUUCGUUGAGUAGAUAUGUUGUGUCAUUUGCAUGCUCAACUUCUAAUGGAAAAUGCUCAUGGCCCUACUUGGAAUUUUGAGCUCAUCUGUGUAGCCAACGUAGCCCCUAAAAAUCGUAUGUUACUUGGAAUUUUCGUAUUUAUUUAUAAUAUAUAAUGAUCUAUGUAUGUAUAUAUGUAUGUCACACCAUGUACUACUUAGCUCCGCCCAUGGCUACAUUGGAUCAUCAAACAUAGCUAUUGAGACAAUAGUACACAAAUAUUGCAAUUGAGCAUUAAGACAUGUUAAAUCUUCUCUAUUUUUAGGUUGACACUGUACUUGGGAGUUGUUUUCCUUGAUGUGCUGCUGGUGUUCGCACAUGUGUUCAUAUAUCGAUGAAUCUCACGGAUUGCCAAGUAGGCAUGGCUCUUUUGAUUCAUAGGAUUUACAUAGGAAUAGUGUAGGAUUUAGAUCCUAUGGGAAUUUUUCCUACUAGUUGUUUGAUUCAUAGGAACAUAUCCCAUAGGAACUAAUCCUAUAGGCUUGUAGUGCAAAUCCUAUGGGAAAAAACAUUAGAUCAUACCUCAUGGAAAAUUCCUUUGGUACAAUCAAAGUAAACUUCUCUUCCCAUAGGAUUCAACUAGGCAUGACAUCCUCAAUCCUAUGCUUUUCCUAUCCUAUGAAUCAAAGGAGCCCUAAAGUUGUACACAAUAACACUCCAACCACUUCAGGGUUGGCGGUUAUCCUGCUAGCUUCCUAGAAUCCUGGAUGACCCGACAAACCAACAAUCUUUUCCUGCUAGCUCUCUAGAAUCCUGAAUGACCCGACAAACCAACAACCUUUUCUAGUACACUUUGUGUUCACUCAUUUUGCACAACAAUCCCCAAAUUGCUUUUGGCCAAGCAUGCUAAUUUUGUCGGAGGUCACCAUCCCAAAAUGCUCGCGUGCAAGCAUGCUUAGCCCAAUGGUUCUUUGGAGUGGAUUUUUUUUUGAAAAGAAGAUGCACCUUGUUGGUAUGAUGCCAAAUUGAACACUCUAGCCACUCCGGGGCUAGCGGUUGUUACUCCUGACAUAUCUCUAGAAGAAUGGUCCAACAAACCAACAUAAGUCUUUUGUAGCGCAUAGUGCACUCUAGGAAACUAAACGGGAGGUCCCCCAUCUCGUCUAAGCAUAUUGGUUAUGAGCUAGAGAAAAAAGAUGUACCUUGUUAUGAGUAUUCAGUCAAUCUUUUUAAACCUUGGGCUAGGGUGUCACAAAUUGUAGAUGGUCGCACCAUUCUGAGUCCUAGAGCCUAUGCCCAUGACAAGUAGGUGGCUGUUGGUUGGGUUAGGCGGUUACUAGACCUCACCUAUUUGGGUUUGGAGAAAGAAAAAAAAAUUAUUAGUACUAAUAUUUUUCAUAUAUGUUUUUGCCAAAUUGCGAUUCACUAUUAGUUAAAAAACAAUUGUAUGCAUGUUAGCUAGUUGUUAGUUGCGUCUUAUUUAUUUUAAACAUAUUGACUUUACUCUUGAACGUGUGAUAUACUCAUAAUUAUUUGAUCAAGCAUGAGUGUAGAUUAUUUUUGAUGUAUGAGCCAAUGGUGCGAUGAUAUGUAUAAUUUGGAGAACUAUAAUCCACUUUUAGGAGUAUUUUUUAAUGUUUUGUAAAAACGUGGUUCACUUUUAGUUUCUACAUGAAGUUUAUGUAGUUUUAACAAAAAAAGUUAGUAAUAUAUAAUAUUUCAAGAUUGCAACAUUUGUAUAUGAUCAAUUAUAAUGACAUUUGAUAGAGCUCAAAGAUGAGUCUUAAUCACAUGACCCAAAAAAGCACCAUCUAUACAUGACCAGUUAUAAUGGCAUUUGAUAGAACUCAAAGAUGUGUCUUAAUGACAUGACCUAAAAAAUUAUCUUGUAGUUUUGGAAUGUAUUAUAGGCCCCCGCCUAUACUAUCUGUAGCUUAAGACAACCAUCAAUGAGCUUGGGGUGGACUAUUAGAAAAGUAUCCUUCUUUUUUACUAAGUUAACACAACCAAAUUCAUCUAAUUAAUUGCUUCCCCAAAUUUUCUUUAAUUUGAUUUGAUACAUACCUUGUUUGAGAAGGAGCGACGAGUCUUGCUAGUUCUAGAUUCUUUAUAGAUUUCAACUGAUUACAAUGCUUGUUCAUUAAUUUGAACACACGAGCAUUGGACUUGCUACUUAUGUAUUGAAUACAAUUGCUCAUAAUGGAUUGCUGACGAUGGUAAUUUUUUUGUCAGGUGAUCUAGACAACUAAUAAUCUAGGUUUAUGUCAUGUAAUAUUAUCGCCAAAAAAAUGUAUUUAUCUAUUGUACCCUAUUAUCAAAAUGCCUUUGCUCCUAUGUUCUAUCAAAUAUUUAACUCUUUCUAGUUCAUCAGUCCAAAAAUUUAAGGCGCCCGAGGAUUAGUGAAAAGUCAAAUCUUACUAAUUUUGACCAAAUAUUUAGGAAAAAACAUGUGCAUCUACAACAUUAAAUGAACACAUUAAGAAAAUAUAGUUUAUGGUGAACAUGUCGAUAUUGAUUCAAUAAUGUAAUUUAUCAUAUUUGUGUAUAAACUUGGUCAAACUUAGAAAACAUUGACUUUUGAUUAAUCUUUGGAUGCCUUACAUUUUGGGAUGGAGGGAGUAUCACCUUUCUCAAAAAUACGGUCUUUCCUUAACCAUCUUGAGGGUGAACGAAUGAGCUGCCCAUCCUUUAGGGGUUUAUAUCGGGAAGGGGUCCUUGACAAAUUGCCAAGGCUGCCAUUUAUGGUUGUAGGUAGGAUGGGUACAAUUAAUGGUUAAACUUGGUCCACUAGCCAAUGAAGAAUGUGGAUGAGAGCCUUAGCCAAUGGCUAACUAGUCCAACUAGCCCUUCAUGGGUUCAUGUUUGACUUUGUAUUUCUAUUUGUCUUUUUUCUUGAUCUUUGACUUGUUGAUCGUGACAUGACCGGGGGUCCUUGUUGACCAGUUCUUUCUUUGACUUUGCUUAACUUUUGUCCAUGUAGGCACCUAGUAGGUUUGGGGGGGGGGGGGUCCCUUCAAGUAGCCGUUACCCAUUCCUACAAUGGGAAGAGUCCUAAUGAGCUGUACUUACGAGACUUGUAUGGUGGGUGUAGGAAAUUCUUGAUCUAGAAAAAUCCUCGUCUUGAUUUUUGAGGAACCUUCAUCUUGGGCCGGAUGGCGAGCCCUUCCCAUUGACACUCCUUUAUUUUUGAGAGGGGGAUUCUUUGGCGGCCGCAUGGUGGCCAAGAUGUUGGUCUCACCUUUUCUGCCGAGAAACGCACAAAAUUUGAGGGCCAUUCUACAGUUGUAUGGUCACUCAUGGACCGAUUGAUGAAAAUCUGGGCCAAUCGGGGUCCAAUUGGUAAUUUCCUGAUCGCUUGAGUAUUUUUUGAUGAAAUUGUGUGCCAAUCAAGGGCAAUUUGAUAAUUUCCUGGCCACUUGGUGAACUAAUGAUAAAAAAUUAGGGCAAUGUGGGCCACUGAUAAUUAUAAUACUGGCCAAUCAGGGGCCAUUUGGGUACCUAAGUGUGAAAAAUAGAGCAACUUGUGGCCUAUUUCAUGAUUAUAAGACGAAAUUUAGACGGCCUCCUUGCGAUUUCUUGGAAUGCUAGGGAAAGAUUAUAAAGGGGAAAAAUUACAAAUUCCCCGAAAUAUUAGGAACUAUUCUAGAAAACCACAAACUUGGAGCCCUUUUGGUGAUUUCAGACAAAGCCUGCGAAAGACAAAAGAAAACUGAGGCCUAGCUAUGUUUUGGGCUGAAACAUCGCCAAAAGCAUCUGAGCCAUGGUCAGGCAAAGGGAAACGCCCUGUGGGCCUUGUUGAACCUGCGGGCACUUGGCCAAGAUGCGGCCUAGUACGGGGAAAGGAAUGUGCGGUGCAGAUUGUGCCGCAAAAUCCCAUCCGGCGGCGGCGAUGUCGUCACCAACCGUUGUACUGGCUAGGAUUUCUUCUCAGUUGUUCCUUUCGAGGGGAAAGGCGGUGUAGGCCUUGGUGGCUCCGCUUAUUGCACGGAUGUUGAAUUGCUAGCCUUGUCUAUAAGACAUGGCAACAAUCUUUGGCGUAGCUUGUGGCCUUCCUCGUCAUCUCCCUCGUAGCACCAAAGUCUGUGAUGGCGGUGUGCCAAAUAGCAUGUUUUGCUUGGCGUAGCUCGUGGCCCUCCUCGUCGUCUCCUUCGUAGUGCCAAAGUUUGUGAUGGCGGUGUGCCAAAUAGCAUGUUUUGCAAAGUUUACGCCGUUGUUGCGUCUCAGUUGUAGCCUGUGACCCCAUGUUAGAGUUAUGUCAGUCGCCUAUACUGUGGCAUGGGCCUUUCUCGCCUAUGUUGUUGCUUAGGUCUUCUGCCCAAGUUGUUGCAAGGGGCUUUUUUUUGCCUAAGCUAUCGUAAAGGGUUUUCUCGCCUAAGCUAUUGAUAGGCAUGUUUUACCUGAAGUGUCACAAAGGGCUUUUUUUCCCUUGAGCUGUCGCGAAGGAUGUGCUAGUCUGCUGAAGCUCUUGCCAAGGGAUUUUAGUUGCGAGGGAUUGUGGCUCCGAUGAUUGACUAAUGCAAGUUCGCCAUUGAGCCAUGUAUUUUCCAUCUAACAUCGUCGUGUCGGAGUGGGAGAAGCAAUUACUUGAUGCCUUCGAUGAGAGCCUCAAGCAUUGAACGGCCACCGGUGUUGAAGCUGAUGUCGUCGGAGUUGAUGAGAUUCUUGAGGGUAACUCUAAUGUCUUUGAUUUGGAGAGGUGGUUUUGGCUCUCGCGGCAUGUCGAGGCUUGGCGUAGUCUACCGCACCGGUGGGAACCACUUCUUCGAGCACCUAGGAGAGUUGGGCGAUACGUAGGUUAUUUAUGGCGGCGCCCUCGAUGCCUCCUCUGACAUUGCCGACCUCAGCCUUCAUGAGCAUCGGAGGUACCAAACUUUUGGCGUAGCUCGUGGGCCUCCUCGCCGUCUCCCUCGUAGCGCCAAAUUCUCUUAUGGCGGUGUGCCAAAUAGCAUGUUUUGCAAAGUUUUACACCGUUGUUGCGUCUCAGUUGUAGCUAUGGCCCCAUGUCAGAGCUAUGUCAGUUGCCUAUGCUGUGGCAUAGGUCUUUCUCACCUAUGUUGUCGCUUAGGUCUUCUACUCAAGUUGUUGCAAGGUUUUUUUUUUGCCUAAGCUGUUGUAAAGGGUUUUCUCACCUAAGCUAUUGAUAGGCAUGUUUCCCUAAAGUGUCACAAAGGGCUUUUUCCCCUAAGCUAUCGCGAAGGGCUUCUAACCAUUGCUGCAUUUGUACUUUCGCCUAAUUCCUUGGGUCAGGGGUGUGCCAGUCUAUCAAAGUUGUCGCCAAUGGCUUUUUGUCGCGGGGGAGUGUGGCUCCGAUGAUUGACUAAUGCAAGUUUUCCAUUGAGCCAUGUAUUUUCCAUCUUACAUCAUCGUGUCGGAGUGGGAGAAGCAUGUACUUGAUGUCUUCGAUGAGAGCCUGAAGCAUUGAAUGGCCACCCCAAAUAGGAUUUGAACAGCAUCGAGGCCGAUGUCGCCGAAGUUGAUGAGGUUCUUGAGGUAACUCAAAUGUCUUCGAUUUGGAGAGGUGGUUUGAGGUCUCGCGGCAUGUCGAGGCUCGGCGUAGUCUUGGUGUUGAUCCGCACCGGCGGGAACCACUUCUUCGAGCACCUAGGCGAGUUGGGUGAUACAUAGGUUAUUUGUAGCGGUGCCCUUGACGCCUCGUCUGACAUUGCCGACCUCAGCCCAGUCGUCUUCAUGAGCAUCGGAGGUACCAAUCUUCUUUCUUGCUCGAGUGAGAAUUGCUUUGUGAGGCAUUUGCCUCGUUGGGAACGAUGCUUCGGAGGCGGAGCUCUUACCUUGGUGUCGGUGAAUAGUUUCGAUGUCACGACGUCGUUCCCACAGACGGAGCCACUAUUCUUGAAAUCAACGCCAUAUGGCCAGGGGGUGUCUUGAGUGACGUGGUUAAGUAGCGAAUGUUUAGAAGGGGUGUACGCGUGAGUUGAAAGAUUAUGUUUUUGUAGUAUUUUAGGCCGCCUUGUUGGAACGCGGCUUAAUCCUAUAUUAGGAAAACAUCGAGGGUGUUGAGCAUGGAGCUAUGCCAUCACAGUCUUCUUGGGGCAAAGUCAAGCUAUCAAAUGACAUCGGUCCAAGUCGCCGAGGACUAUUUGGAGCUUUAGGCCUUUCCCCUUCUUGUAUCGAAUGUGAAGUGAACGAAUGAGCCCUCCACCCCUUCGGGUUUUGUAUAGGGGAGUGAUCUUUGACAAAUGACCGAAGCUACCCUUCAUUAUGGUAGAUAGGAGGGGUGCUUUGGUAAAACUAGGUUUACUAGCCCACGAGGGAUAUGUGGAUGAGAGCCUUAGGCCAUGGGGUGCAAUGGUAAAACUAGUCCAACUAGGCACCUAUUGGGCUUCUAGCUUCAUGGUUUCAUCGACUUUUUCUUGUAUCUCUUGUCUUGUCUUUUUUACUUGUUGACCAUUCCAGGAUCGAGGGUCCUUGUUGUCCUGUUCUUGGCUUGACUUUGCUUGACUUCUAUCCAUGUAGGCGUCUAGUAGGAUUGGGGUCCCUUCAGUUACAUGAUACACAUUUCUACAACAUAGCCUAUAUUGAGGCUUAUAAUAUAUUUUUAUUAUUAAUAUGCCCUAUAUAUUGUAGAAGUGCUCCAUCCACAACCAACUUAGUCAGAACAUUUGUACCAUGCAUUUAUUUAUUAGCAGAUCUUGGGUCUUGUAACAUUUUGUUGUGCCACUUUGUUGUGCUUUUGGCACAAGCGCCGUAGGAGUAAGCACACGUUUAUUUGUAGCCUAAGGUUGUUAUGCCCAAACGCUUGGUGUGUUAUCAUUUCUUAGGCAUUUGAUUUUCCCAUAUAUUUGGCUUAUGUUAUAUUGUUUGCCAUUUGGUUCACAUUUUUACUCUAUUUCUAAAUCAAAGGUAGGGGAAUAUUAGUCAUUAGUUGCCAUUGAUAUGGCUUAUCAAACUUCGUUAGCCCUAUGGUUUACUCAUCUUGCCAACUUUUGUUGAUCUAAUCUCUUUGCCAUACGUUGCUUAAAUCUGCUAUCUUGUGCCAUAACCUGCGUUGUUUGUUUAGACAUGACAACCUGCCAGUGGUGCCAUGGUUAGCAGCAAACGAAACAUGCCUUGAGGUUUGCACCAUUUGAAGUCAUAACACAUGUGGUAGAAGUUUAGUGAGCAAGUUUGCCGUGUUCCUUGAAAAAUUACAACUAUCAAUCAAUUAUUCGUUCUCUUCCCUUUGAGUGAUUAGGUCCUGGUAUUUCCUCUGUAGAUAUUGUUUGGAUGCAAUUAUAUCCCUAGGCGUUCACACUUUUCUACCCAUAAAAAAUCAUUGAGUCUAGUCCCUAGAUUAUCAGAGGAAGAUGGGAUCCAAGCGAUUUGAAAAGAAGAAACCAGGUAGACUCUGGACAAUGAGCGCGAAUCAAGCAAGGAAAACUGUACAGAAUUUCAGGGUGCAAGGGACAUAUAACAACUCUAACAAAAGAGGUGGCGUUGCUGCCGCAAUGCAGAAAAAGUGGCGAAUUCCUUUAGAGGCGCCUAGCUGCACUAGGGUAGUCCGAUGGCCAAAUGAUGUGGCACGAUCAUCCUCAAGGUUGAACAAUAGUAAGGUUUCUCUUCAAAGUGAUGUCGAGAAUGCUAGGCCCUCUACCUCGAGACCCAACAAUGGCCUAGGUUCUCGACAAAAGUAUACCAAGAAUCCAAUGCCCUCUUCCUCAAGACCGAACAGCGUUGUGGUUUCUUCAGAAAAGAACAGGAUUUUUUUCUCUAGGUCGAUCAAUGUGUCGGUCUCUUGGGAGAAGAAUGCCAAGAAGCCUGUGCCCUCUUCUUCAAGCCCAAACAAUGGUGGAACCUCCCUGUCGAAACAUAUUCAGAUGUCUAGGCCAUCUCCCUCAAGGCCAAACAAUGACAUGAUUUCUUCGCCGAAGGAUAUUGAGAAGUCUCUGCCCUCAUCCUCAUGUCCAAAUGGUGGCUCGGUACCUUCUCCGAAGAAUAUUGAGCGGUUUAUGUCCGCGGAGUCUAGGCCCUCUCGCCUUCGGGGUGGAUUUUCCUCAAGAAAGCCUACCUUCAUAGGGUCAAACGGUAACUCAAAUUCCACUUUUAGCAUUUCAAACAAACCGCCGUCCUCACUAGUGCAUGGCCAUUCAAGCAAUGUUGAAAUGGGCACUCAAGUUCGUCUCCAACCCCAAACUACCAAGGCAGCUUGCAUGGGCAACAUGGAGCAGAAUGCAGAAUCAAUGAAUGUGCAUGUUCAACUUGAUAGUAGAAAACAGAACACUGCACUUGUGAGUGAUGGAAAAGCCAAUGAUGGUAAGUAUAAAAGUAAGAUGACAGAACCAUUGUUGGAAGAGAAGCUCGGUGUACAUGUGGAUGAUGAUAGUGCAAAAGAGGAUAGUAGGCCAAAGAAGAGAAUGAGGGAUGGUACUGAGCAAAAGCUUGUGGGGGCUCAAAGUGGUACUGCUGUGAUAACAGAAACUGCUGUCAUGAAGGAUUGUCCUACCGAAGUUUCUCAUCAUGUCGUUGCAGAAUCUUUCAAGCUGCAACAGUAUAGCUCCCUUCCCAUCGAUGAAUCUGUUUGGAGUGGAAUCAUUAAGACUCAGAGCAAAGAAUGUGUUUCAUUGGCUGCACACUUGUCAACCAAAUACUGUGACAUGGUGUCCAAAUUAUCAAGAUCACUGCUGCCAAUGCUUGAAGUAACAAAGCUUUCUAGGCUGGAGGCUUGGCCCAAGAGCUUUGAGGCAUCAAGACCCACCGAUGAUAACAUUGCCUUGUAUUUCUUUCCGGCCACAACGAGGCAAGAUGAAGACGGAGCAGACCCCGAUCAACUAGUUAAAGAAGUUGUAGAGAAUGAUAUGGUCUUACGGGCUGUUGUUGAUGAGGCUGAGUUGUUGAUAUUUUCUUCUGUUUUGCUGCCUGAACAAUACAAAACCUUCCAAGGGGAACCCUACCUGUGGGGGGUAUUCAGGCCUAGAAACAAGAAGUUUGCCACAGUGGACGAACAACACGGCAUAGGACAUUGUCCACAGGAGGAGAUGGGGAAACAGCAUGCUGCAGAUCAUGGUGUGGGAAAGAAGGGCUACAUGGUUGCAGGGUUAAAUGUGUGUGCUGGACUUGAAACUCAAGAAGAAGCAGAGGGGCAAGGUAUGGAUCAGGAGCAGACUCCGUCAGUGGCUCGACCCAACACAGAGAUACCUGUUGAGGACAUGGUUGCAGGGGUAAAUGUGGGUGUUGGACUUGAAACUCCAGAAGAAGCAGAGGGGCAAGGUAUGGAGCAGGAGCAGACUCCGUCAGUGGCUCGACUGAACACACCAAUACCUGCUGAAGACAUGAUUGCAGGGUUAAACGUGGGUGUUGGACUUGAAACUCCAGAAGAGGCAGAGGGGCGAGGUAGGGAGCAGCAGAAGACUCCGUCAAUGGCUCGACCCAACACACCGAUACCUGAUGAAGACACAACUCGGGCUACUUCAGAUCCUACCAUGCCAUCUGCAGUGUCUGCAAACAAUGUACAGGGGGCUACUUCCGUUCCUACCGUGCCUGCCGCAAUGUCUGCAAAUGACGACGGGCAGAUGCACUCAAGCUUCAGUGUCCCCACAGGAGCAAUUGUUGGUUUCGUCGUCCGACGAACUCCAAGAAUUGAGCACCUCAUCGAGGAGAUGCGACGUGAAGGCUCUGUUGUGGUUGCAAUGCGAGGGGAGAUGAUAGGGUCAGGUCUUGGCCAAGCAACAGCAACAGGGUAGAGAGGACCCCGAGCUCAUCCUGACGUGUUACAAUGGUGUAGGCAUUUCUGAUCCGACCCUUGAUAUGUCAAAGUCUGGGAAAUGGCACCAUGUCUACUAGGACUUUUUUUGUGUUUGCAGUUCAGCAGUGGAACUGUAGUUCGGGUCAACUUCUAUGUAAACAUUCUCCCAUGAUUGCACCUGUUCUCCAGACGCAUAAUGUUUCCUUUGUUA